GGCUUUGCCUACCACCUCACCACUCACCACUCACCAAACAUUCACCUUCUCGAGCAACCUUCCACCGGAUGCUUUACCAAACCCCAUAAUCCUUUGGAGAUUUCAUAAUCCCUCUAAUCAAAAACAACACAGUCCAACACCAUCAAGCAAAAACAACAGCACAGACAAACCAACGCCGAAGACCCAAACCGAGCCUCAGCUGCUUUUCAAGAUCACACAACCACCACCAAAAACAACCAACCUACAAUGUCAUCUCCAGCCGAGGAAUCUCCGGCCCAGAGAGCCGCCCGACUCCGUCGCGAACGCCGCGAAGCUAAAAUCAAAGGCGAUGGCGCUGCCCGUCUCGACAAGAUCACCAGUUUGAGCGGCCGGACGCCGGCGAGUCUCCGUGAAGAAACCUCUCCAUCCCCCUCCCCCACCCCACAACCACCGGUCACUGCAUCCCCGGCGCCCGAACCCCGGGCCACGACUGCACCGGCACCCCAGCCAGUUUUCCCAGACCAGCAGCAAAGCCCCGAAUCCCUCCAAGCGCAACAAGAGCUCUUCCGGGCUCUACUCCGCCAAUCCGCCCCGCCCCAAGGUACCACGGAGGGGCAGGAGGUUGCGGGGGAAGAAGACCCGACCAUGAAGCUACUGUCCAGCCUUAUGAACGGCGAGACCAAUCUUAAUGAGAAUGCUCUACCCGGUGGCCAGUCUCCCGCGGACUUGUUGACUGGUCUGGGAGUUCCGCCGUUUGUGGCGAGCAUGUUGGGAGAGGCUACGCGACAGAAGACGGACGCAGAGAAGCGAGAGAUUUUCGUGUGGAAGGUGCUUCAUGUGGUGUUUUCGGUGCUUAUUGGGAUUUAUUUGUUGGUGUUGAUCGGGUCGUCGGUCGCGACGUAUGGCAGUCAACCCCCGCCGCCGGCGACGGCGCGGAAUCCGUUUGUAUUCUUCACCACGGGGGAGGUGGUUCUUAGCGUAGCGAGGAUUAUGAUGAGGGGUGGGAAGGGUGGGUUGGGGAUGUGGUUGCAGUUGGCGAAGGAUAUCUCAAGGGAUGGCAGUCUGGUGCUAUUCCUGUUUGGAAUGGCAAACUGGUGGCAUCGGGAGUGGAUGGCUAAUUAGGGUGCUGAUAGGCAAUUUUCAUUUUCUGCCAGGGCUGUUUCAUUGUUAUGACAUGGUGUGCCGGCUUUCUGCAUUUACGAAUCCAUUUCGCAUUCUUAAACGCUCGGCCGUUGGUAUUCUGAUGCCCGUUGCAUGCAGGGGCUUGUUACUUACUAUUUGCUUAACAAGUGCAAGUAGCACAGCUCCCACGUGCGUAAUCGUGUGAUUGUGAUGCAUGGACCGGUUAGCUCAGCCCUUUCCAAGACAAUUUCAAUCCUGACCCGGGGUCUCCCACCUUCGACUGUCACUGGCCAGUGCGCCCUAUUCCUCGGAACUGGAAGAGGUUGAUAUUAGCUGUAAAAGCGUUG